AUGGCCCGUCGCUCCCAGAGCUCCUCACAGGGGGACAACCCACUGGCCCCAGGGUACCUGCCCCCUCACUACAAAGAGUACUACCGCCUGGCAGUGGAUGCCCUGGCCGAAGGAGGCCCGGAGGCCUAUAGCCGCUUUCUGGCAGCUGAGGGGGCCCCUGCCUUCCUGUGCCCUGAGGAGCUAGAACACGUGAGCCGUCACCUGCGCCCCCCCCAGCAUGUCACCCGAGAGCCCCCUGAGGGCAGCCUGCCCGAUGUGGACAUGGAUGGAUCCUCAGGCACCUACUGGCCCAUGAACUCAGACCAAGCUGUGCCAGAGCUCGACCUGGGCUGGCCCCUGACCUUCGGCUUCCAAGGAACAGAGGUCACCACGUUGGUGCAGCCCCCGCCGCCAGACAGCCCCAGCAUCAAGGAUGAAGCUCGCAGGAUGAUCCGAUCUGCCCAGCAGGUGGUAGCGGUGGUCAUGGACAUGUUCACUGAUGUGGACCUGCUGGGUGAAGUGUUGGAGGCUGCGGCGCGCAGGGUCCCCGUCUACAUCCUGCUGGACGAGAUGAACGCGCAGCACUUCCUGGACAUGGCAGACAAGUGCCGCAUCAACUUGCACCAUGUGGAUUUCCUGCGUGUGCGAACCGUGGCAGGCCCCACCUACUACUGCCGCACUGGCAAGUCCUUCCAAGGCCACGUGAAGGAGAAGUUCCUGCUGGUAGACUGCGCAGUAGUGAUGAGCGGCAACUACAGCUUCAUGUGGUCAUUUGAGAAGAUCCACCGCAGCCUGGCGCAUGUGUUCCAGGGGGAGCUGGUCUCCAGCUUCGAUGAGGAGUUCCGCAUCCUGUUCGCGCAGUCAGAGCCGCUGGUGCCCUCGGCCGGGGCACUUCCCCGCAUGGACACCUAUGCCCUCACGCCGUACACAGGCGCCGGGCCACUGAUGGCUGGCCCUGGGCCCGGGGCGAUGACCCCUUUCUCCUUCCCUAAGCGGGCGCACCUGUUGUUUCCACCCAGGGAGGAGGGUCUGGGCUUCCCUUCCUUCCUGGACCCCGACCGCCACUUCCUGUCCGCCUUCCGCCGGGAGGAGCCUCUGCGGGGCCCAGGGGGUGCCCUAGAGCCACACGCGGGGCUGCGGUCGCUGUCCAGGCGGCUAGAUGAGGCUGGGCCAGCUGGGGAGCCUGCGGGCCCUCGAGGCUUCUUCCAGGCGCGGCACCUGGAGAUGGACGCCUAUAAGCGGCACAGCUAUGCGGCCGAUGGCGGCGCCAUGGAGAACUUCGCGGCUGCGCGGCAGGUGUCUCAGCAGACCUUCCUUAGCCACGGGGACGACUUCCGCUUCCAGACCAGCCACUUCCACCGCGACCAGCUGUACCAGCAGCACUAUCAGUGGGACCCGCAGCUCGCGCCUGCGCGCCCCCAGGGCCUGUUCGAGAAGCUGCGCGCGGGCCGCCCCGGCUUCGCUGAGCCCAAGGACUUCGCCCUGGGAGGAGGGUCGCGCUUUCCUGAACUUGGGCCUGAGGGACACCUAGACUACGUGCCAUCCAGCGCCCCCCGUGAGGUGCGCCACGGCUCGGACACCGCCGUUGGGCCCGCACCCCGCGGUCUUGAGCCCAUUGGAGCUCUUCACUCUAACCUGGGCCAGCACUUCCCGUGCCAAGGGGCAGCCAGGCUUGGCCCUGAGGCCGCACCAGAAACGGAGAUGGAGCGCAGGGGUGGCCCUGAGGGGCGGGCCGGCCUGCGCCACUGGCGCCUGGCCUCUUACCUGAGCGGUUCCCACGGCGAGGACACGGGCGAAGAAGGCUUGCCCGCGCCGAUGGACAGCGAGGCCUUUGAAGACGACGUGCUGGGUUCUGGGGGGCGGGACCUGCUCCCUUCUGCCUUCCGUGGCUCUGCGGCCUUCCCCGCCAAGGGUCUGGGCCCAGGCUCCGGCGGUGGGGACAGCUCAGAACGCGAGGGCCCAGAGGAGCUGGGCUUGGUCAAGCAGGACUCGUUCCGCUCUCGCCUGAACCCGCAGAUCCAACGUACCUCGCGCCUUCGCUCCUCGCUGAUCUUCAGCUCAUCGCAGGCGGAAGGCACAGGUGCCACAACCGCCACCACCGAGAAAGUGCAGCUGAUGCAUAAAGAACAGACAGUCAGCGAGAUGUUGGGUCCAGGCGGCGAGGCUGUGCGCUCUACUGCCUCCGCCAAGGUGGCCGAGCUCCUGGAGAAGUACAAGGGUCCGUCCCGUGACCUGGGUGGUGGCGCCGUGACUCUUGCCAACCACAGCAAGGCAGCUGUGUCUCAGUCGUGGAAGGAGGAGGUGGUAGCGCCUGGCGGAGGGGGAGUCGAGCGCCGCAGCCUCGAAAGUUGCCUGCUGGACCUGCGUGACUCCUUCGCCCAGCGUCUGCACCAGGAGGCUGAGCGGCAGCCGGGAGCCGCUACACUCACAGCCACGCAGCUGCUCGACACACUGGGCCGCAGUGGCGCCGAUCGGCUGCCCUCCCGCUUCCUCUCAUGCCAGGGCCUUGCAGCCUCCACACAAGGGCGGGAAAGCCCGCCGCCGCCGCCCCUGGAGGAGUCUGAGACACACCAGAUGCCAAUCUCUGAGGCGAAAUGCAGCCCCACUUCGGUGUACCCUGAGCGCAAGGGGAGCCCCUCUCCUGGGUUUCCCACAUGGAGAGGCAGCCCAACACCAGGAUUUACUGAACAGAAGGAGAGCCCCACAUCCACCUACCCAGAGCGCAAGGGCAGCCCAGUGCCCCCCGUGCCCGAACGCAAGGGCAGCCCGGUGCCCCCCGUGCCCGAACGCAGGGGCAGCCCAGUGCCCCCCGUGCCUGAGCGCAGGGGCAGCCUCACCCUUGCCUUGGCUGGAGAGUCCCCGAAGGGCGGGCCCGCGGAGGAGCAGGUGGGCAGCCCCAUGGAGAGUCUCCGCAAAGGCUCCCUGCGCCUCCGGCAGCUGCUGAGCCCUAAGAGUGAACGGCGGCUAGAGGAGUGCAGCUUGACGGCACCGCAGGAGAACGGGCAGCCCGAGUGUCCUCGGCGGCCGUCGCUGGGCCGGGGCGACAGCACCGAGGCCACCCCAGGGGAAGAACGGGUCCCCCGGGGAACACGCGUGGCCUCAGCCACGGCCAAUGCCUUGUACAGCAGCAAUCUGCGGGACGACACCAAAGCCAUCCUAGAGCAAAUAAGUGCUCACGGCCAGAAACACCGCGGAGCGCCCCUGGCGGGCCCCAGCCCGGCUCACAGCAACCCCGAGCUCGGCCAUCCACCGGCUACCGGAGGCCUGGCCCCUGACAUGUCCGACAAGGACAAAUGUUCGGCCAUCUUCCGCUCAGACAGCCUCGGAGCACAAGGCCGGCUGAGCCGCACGCUGCCAGCAAGCGCGGAGGAGCGCGACAGGCUGCUGCGGCGCAUGGAGAGCAUGCGCAAAGAGAAGCGCGUGUACAGCCGCUUUGAGGUCUUCUGCAAAAAGGAGGAGGCCAGCGGGCCGGGUGUCGGGGAAGGGCCAGCGGAGGAGGACGCCAGGGACAGCAAGGUGGGCAAGUUCAUGCCCAAGAUCUUGGGCACAUUCAAGGGCAAGAAGUGA